AAGGGAGAGUUUCCUCUACACUCUCACACAGAUCUGACACUCGCCAGCAGCAGAGGGCUUUGGACAUCCUAAUUGAGGGUCAAGUGGACCCAGGAUGAUGAAGAUGUUGGGAGGAGUCACUUGGUGCUGUGUAGCUCUGCUCCUCGCCCUGACCUCUGUGUCAGCUGUACAGAAGACGCUCAAAUCAAUCAAUGGUUUGAAGAAAAUCAACUUCGGCCAAUCUGUGCCCAAGCACAGUCUCCUGCUGCUCCACUGGUUUGCCAACGAGAUCGACAUCGACAACAACGAUAUUAUACAGCUGACCUUUGACCCAAACAGGGAAGAUUAUGGUUCCCAUCAUUAUGGCAACUAUGAGGAUCUGCUGGACCCUCUGCCUUGGGGAAAUCAACACAGGUACUACACGAUUGGAAAUCUCAAUCGGGGAACGUCAACCCAACUUCCUCCUUAUGUAGUCAAUCCCAUCAUUGAGGAUAUGGGAAGAAACAUGGACAGGAUCAUAUUUCGGGUCAGGGAGCAAAACAUACAUGGACGAUCUUACCAGACGAUAGACCAAGUGUAUAUCACACAGCAUAUUCCACAUCAGGGCACACUUUAUGAUCCAGAUCAUACCUACAGGAUCAGCACGAACCUCCUGAGAGAGAUCAGAGAGUUUUCUGUGGGAGAAGAUCAACAGCCACUGUCGUAUCUCAGAAACCGCUUCGGAAGCAGCGCUGACGAUUUCAACAUCGAAAACACAUGGGGUGAACUUGCUUGCGUUGGACUGCUGCUGUAUAUUGUGAUCCAGGAAAAGCAGUCCUCUAAGCAACAAAACAACCGCCCGGAAAACAGAAGAAAUCCUAGUAAUGAGAGAGAGCCUAGAAAGGUCCAAAACCAGGGUCAUGUUGUAUUAGAUUUCAACGAUGAAGAGGACGGAGAAUCAGACUGUUGGAACACCUUAAAAACCUGUAUGUGUUGUUUUGCCUGCAUGUUUGUAAUUGUAUGGGGUAUAAUUACUUUUUCUUGAGGGCUCCUAGGAAGAAAACCAAGAGCCACUUUUGUAUCUAAGAAACUGCUCUGAAAGCAACACUGAUGAUUUCCACCUCACAAA